AUGGAGGAGCGGGACAGAAGCCGCUCCCCGUCCCGCAGGACCAGUCGGGUGGAGCAGGUGGUGGGGCGAUGGCUACGACGCUCCAGGGACUCCAGCAGCAGGUCAGUAUUACGAUUAGGUUUAGGUUUAGGUUUAGGUUCAGAUUCAGGUUCAGGUUUAGGUUAGGUUAGGUUUAGGUAGGACCAGCCGUGUGGAGCAGAUGGUGGGGUGAUGGCUACGAUGCUCCAGAGACUCCAGCAACAGGGUUAUCUUUGGCAUUAGGCCCGACUAGCUUGGGUUUGUCUGGGAUAGCCAGGGAGCUAAUAAUGGGUUUGUCUGGGUUAGGCCUGGGGGCUAGUAAUGGGUUUGUCUGGGUUAGGCCUGGGGGCUAGUAAUGGGUUUGUCUGGGUUAGGCCUGGGGGCUAGUAAUGGGUUUGUCUGGGUAAGGCCUGGGGGCUAGUAAUGGGUUUGUCUGGGUUAGGCCUGGGGGCUAGUAAUGGGUAUGUCUGGGUUAGGCCUGGGGGCUAGUAAUGGGUUUGUCUGGGUUAGGCCUUGGGGUAGUAAUGGGUUAUCCUGGGUUAGCCUGGGGGCUGUAAUGGUUUUAUCUGGGUUAGGCCUGGGGGCUAUUAAUGGGUUUGUCUGGGUUAGGCCUGGGGGCUAUUAAUGGGUUUGUCUGGGUUAGGCCUGGGGGCUGUAAUGGGUUUGUCUGGGUUAGGCCUGGGGGCUAGUAAUUGGUUUGUCUGGGUUAGGCCUGGGGGCUAGUAAUGGUUUUAUCUGGGUUAGGCCUGGGGGCUAUUAAUGGGUUUGUCUGGGUUAGGCCUGGGGGCUGUAAUGGGUUUGUCUGGGUUAGGCCUGGGGGCUACUAAUUGGUUUGUCUGGGUAAGGCCUGGGGGCUAGUAAUUGGUUUGUCUGGGUUAGGCCUGGGGGCUAGUAAUUGGUUUGUCUGGGUUAGGCCUGGGGACUAGUAAUGGUUUUGUCUGGGUUAGGCCUGGUUAUUCAAGGCAAUAUUGGGGAUCAUCUGUUGGAGAUUAUUAUAAUUAAGUGUUUCCUUGUUUAUUUUGAUUGGCUGAUACCUUGUCCUUCUGUUGUCCUCUCCUUUUCAUUGGAUGACAUCUUCUCCAUCUGUAUGUUUCCUUGAUUCUGAUUGGCUGCUACCUUGUCCUCUGAUUCUGAUUGGCUGAUACCUCGUCUCUACCCCAAUCAGAGAGCGUAUCCUGGUAGAUGGGAAGGCGGCUGCGGGGGGAGAGUCUAGCGGUCAGGACCAGAAGAACAACUACCCGGUUAGACUGACCGUCCAGAUCCUACGAGACCCCCUCCUCAACACUCAUGGGCUCACCCUGACACCUCAGACACCCAUACUGGUGCAGGACGUCACCCCAGGUAGGCUACAUAAACAUGACAUAGAGCUAUUAUAACCCUGACAUAGGACUACAUUGUGCUGUCAUAAUCUUGACAUAAGUUGUCAUUACCUGACAUUGGGGCUGCUGAUCAGUUUUAGCUUAACAAUCAACAUCUGGUGAGAAAAAACAGCAAGGGAAAGAAAACAACAUAGGGUUUCUGAGUCACUUGAAGAUGUUAUUUAAUAAUUUGAUUAGUUGGGUGGCAGAAAUCAGACCAAUUAGACAUGCCGUUGAAUUCGAGUGGCAGUCUUUUGACCAAUCAUCCUUGGCAAUACUGAGAUCCUGGCAGUCUUGCUAGUCAUUACUCCAUCAGGCGUAGGAUCCAACUACAGCCUCCAGAGCAUCAUAGUCUGGGUGGAUGAGGUACCCCUCCGCCUCCCUGAUCCACCCCAGGGCCCGACUCACGCUCUGGGUCACCCUCAGAGCCAGACCCCCCUCCUGGUUCUCACCCUGGUUUUCACCCUGGUCCUCAUCACCCUCACCAUCCUCAUCUAAACCCCAGUCACGAUGCUCCGUCCUGGGCUUGUCCAGCCUCUCUGGCUUGUUCAGACUCUCUGCUCCGUCCUGAGUCCCCUCAGCCUCUUUGGUGGUGGUCCCAUCCAGCUCUCCCUUACAGGAGAGGAACAGUUGGCUCUGUAGGGCCCGGAGGGUUAGGGGGGCGAUGGCAGCGUCGAGGCCUAGGGUGGUGCCCCCGAGCCUGGGUAAGGUGGGGUCUGAGAGACCCUUCUUUACCCUGGAGGAGGUGGACCGUUGGGCCUUAAGGAGAACAUGGAUCAUCUCAGGCCCCACGUACCUCUCCAGAAACCACUCCUCUUCCUCCUUCUCCUUCUUCUCAUCCCCCUGUCCAUCUCUCACUGGGGGCUGUGUUUGGGGGGAUGGCGUGAUGGGAUGGAUGAGUGUGUCGAGGGAGGGAUUUGAUGAAGGGAGGGGGUCCACGGAGGAGGAAAGACGGUGGAAGAUGCCAGGAGAAACUAGAAAUGAGGGGUGAGAGAAGAGGGAGGACCUGGAACAGGAGCAGCCGUCACUUGUCCUCCAGGACAUUAGGGGCGCCAGUGAGUCAGCCUGGCCAUUGCAGCUCCACAGACCUGAGUCCCCAGUCCCCUCCUCUCUCCUCUGUCCGGUACCAGAGGAGAGCUUCCUCAACCAGCAGUGGACACAGAAGAGCACAGCCAGACCUGUACACGCACACACCUGUAAGACAGGGACAUAGGAACUUUUUGUAGUGAUUUACAUUUUAAAUUUGACAUUUUAGUCAUUUAGCAGACGCUCUUAUCCAGAGCGACUUGCAGUUAGUGAGUGCAUACGUUUUCAUUUAGGAGGCAAUUCUGGAGCAAGGCUUGAACCUCCAACUCUGGUUGCUGUUUAGACGUGUUGGAGUGCCAAUACAACAUCUUGUCGAAUAGAUGUUCUACUUCUCGCUCUCUCUCACACACACACACACACACACACACACACACACACACACACACACACACACACACACACACACACACACACACACACACACACACACACACACACACGUACCGUAAUACCGAUGGUGUGUGGGAUGCUAUAGCCCCAGUACUGUGUCAGCCACAUUGAAGGACAGGUCUUCUGUAGAGAUGUGAGGUAACAGGGCAGGUAGGUGUCUCACCACCCCACAGUUACUAUAGUACUCAUAGUUACACACCCUACUGCCGCUCACCAACACAGUGCCCCCAUGUGGCCACACUAAGCAAUAACAAUGUUCUGUCCUGUUCUGCUCUGAAUAGAAGAGGCCAUGCAUGUCAUAGAGAUACACAGUGUUCUAUUUGAUUCUAUGAUGCACGUUGUAAUGUUCUGGAGAUUCCAUGGAUGGAACAAAGCAACACUCCCCCUUGGCCAUAGAUGCGGUAACGAGGUCAAUUGCGUGGGGGAAGAUCCCGAGUCUCCUCAUUGCCCCCCGAGCAGAAUUAGCCAACAUUUAGGCUAUGGUGUGUUUCACACUAUGUUGAGGUAAAAAUCAGAGUGUAAUUUCUGUAUGGAUGUCAACCCCAAUACAUGUUCAUGUCAUCGUUACCAAUCAACUGCAUUACAGUUAAAAUCUAAUUUCACUACCACCACCGAUUUCUGUAUGCUAGCUAUGUUAACCAGCUUAGACGAACGGAGGUUAGCAUUUAGCAGUCACAUCUUCUAAACCUGGAAACGGACAACUUCUAAAUGUUAUGCAGCAAAACAGCCAAAUAUAUCCAAAUCGGACUUAUGUAACCACAUUGUGGGCCUGUUACAAUACAUCAAUCAUGACGGAUUUGACAAAUAUCCACUUUGUUAAUUCGAUUUGUUGAAUGUGCGCCAAUCUGGUCAAUGGAACGUCUGCGAUCCAUUGACUCCUUUACCGCAUCAAUGAUACAAUUAUAGAAUCCGAUUGUGAUGUCAUUGAGAUGGAUUUUGAUUAACAGGCUAUAGAGAAAAGGGACCAGAUGGGUUUUGUGUUGUUCCGUAGGCUCCAUUAGGGUUUGGGUUGUUAAGGCCAGGUGGAGACUUAAAGUGUGUCCCAAAUGGCACCCAAUUCCCUAUAUAGUGUACUACUUUUGACCAGAGUCCUAGUAGUGCCCUAUAGGGAAUAGGGUGCCAUUUGGGACACAUGUGACAGGAUGGGAAUGUUGCUGAGCUAGUGGAAGUUUCGCUGGUGUGUGUGUGUGUGUGUGUGUGUGUGUGUGUGUGUGUGUGUGUGUGUGUGGUGGUUACAGGAAUGAGAGAAACGGCAGGGGAGAUGGGCUUAAUGAAGAUCAAAUCAAAUUGUAUUUGUCACAUACACGUGUUUAGCAGAUGUUAUAGCGGGUGGUAGCGAAAUGCUGUGGACUAUCCCUCACAGACCUACUGUAUAUAGACUACCUACUGUAUAUAGACUACCUACUGUAUAUAGACUACCAUCACAGACCUACUGUAUAUAGACUACCUACUGUAUAUAGACUACCUACUGUAUAUAGACUACCAUCACAGACCUACUGUAUAUAGACUACCAUCACAGACCUACUGUAUAUAGACUACCAUCACAGACCUACUGUAUAUAGACUACCUACUGUAUAUAGACUACCUACUGUAUAUAGACUACCUACUGUAUAUAGACUACCAUCACAGACCUACUGUAUAUAGACUACCAUCACAGUGUUAUAGCGGGUGGUAGCGAAAUGCUGUGGACUAUCCCUCACAGACCUACUGUAUAUAGACUACCUACUGUAUAUAGACUACCUACUGUAUAUAGACUACCUACUGUAUAUAGACUACCAUCACAGACCUACUGUAUAUAUACUACCUACUGUAUAUAGACUACCUACUGUAUAUAGACUACCUACUAUAUAUGGACUACCAUCACAGACCUACUGUAUAUAGACUACCUACUGUAUAUAGACUACCUACUGUAUAUAGACUACCUACUGUAUAUAGACUACCAUCACAGACCUACUGUAUAUAGACUACCUACUGUAUAUAGACUACCUACUGUAUAUAGACUACCAUCACAGACCUACUGUAUAUAGACUACCUACUGUAUAUAGACUACCUACUGUAUAUAGACUACCAUCACAGACCUACUGUAUAUAGACUACCAUCACAGACCUACUGUAUAUAGACUACCUACUGUAUAUAGACUACCCUCACAGACCUACUGUAUAUAGACUACCCUAAAAUACCCUAAAAAUUGUGUUGUUCCGUAGGCUCCAUUAGGGUUUGGGUUGUUAAGGCCAGGUGGAGACUUAAAGUGUGUCCCAAAUGGCACCCAAUUCCCUAUAUAGUGUACUACUUUUGACCAGAGUCCUAGUAGUGCCCUAUAGGGAAUAGGGUGCCAUUUGGGACACAUGUGACAGGAUGGGAAUGUUGCUGAGCUAGUGGAAGUUUCGCUGGUGUGUGUGUGUGUGUGUGUGUGUGUGUGUGUGUGUGUGUGUGUGUGUGGUGGUUACAGGAAUGAGAGAAACGGCAGGGGAGAUGGGCUUAAUGAAGAUCAAAUCAAAUUGUAUUUGUCACAUACACGUGUUUAGCAGAUGUUAUAGCGGGUGGUAGCGAAAUGCUGUGGACUAUCCCUCACAGACCUACUGUAUAUAGACUACCUACUGUAUAUAGACUACCUACUGUAUAUAGACUACCAUCACAGACCUACUGUAUAUAGACUACCUACUGUAUAUAGACUACCUACUGUAUAUAGACUACCAUCACAGACCUACUGUAUAUAGACUACCAUCACAGACCUACUGUAUAUAGACUACCAUCACAGACCUACUGUAUAUAGACUACCUACUGUAUAUAGACUACCUACUGUAUAUAGACUACCUACUGUAUAUAGACUACCAUCACAGACCUACUGUAUAUAGACUACCAUCACAGUGUUAUAGCGGGUGGUAGCGAAAUGCUGUGGACUAUCCCUCACAGACCUACUGUAUAUAGACUACCUACUGUAUAUAGACUACCUACUGUAUAUAGACUACCUACUGUAUAUAGACUACCAUCACAGACCUACUGUAUAUAUACUACCUACUGUAUAUAGACUACCUACUGUAUAUAGACUACCUACUAUAUAUGGACUACCAUCACAGACCUACUGUAUAUAGACUACCUACUGUAUAUAGACUACCUACUGUAUAUAGACUACCUACUGUAUAUAGACUACCAUCACAGACCUACUGUAUAUAGACUACCUACUGUAUAUAGACUACCUACUGUAUAUAGACUACCAUCACAGACCUACUGUAUAUAGACUACCUACUGUAUAUAGACUACCUACUGUAUAUAGACUACCAUCACAGACCUACUGUAUAUAGACUACCAUCACAGACCUACUGUAUAUAGACUACCUACUGUAUAUAGACUACCCUCACAGACCUACUGUAUAUAGACUACCCUAAAAUACCCUAAAAAUUGUGUUGUUCCGUAGGCUCCAUUAGGGUUUGGGUUGUUAAGGCCAGGUGGAGACUUAAAGUGUGUCCCAAAUGGCACCCAAUUCCCUAUAUAGUGUACUACUUUUGACCAGAGUCCUAGUAGUGCCCUAUAGGGAAUAGGGUGCCAUUUGGGACACAUGUGACAGGAUGGGAAUGUUGCUGAGCUAGUGGAAGUUUCGCUGGUGUGUGUGUGUGUGUGUGUGUGUGUGUGUGUGUGUGUGUGUGUGUGUGUGUGUGGUGGUUACAGGAAUGAGAGAAACGGCAGGGGAGAUGGGCUUAAUGAAGAUCAAAUCAAAUUGUAUUUGUCACAUACACGUGUUUAGCAGAUGUUAUAGCGGGUGGUAGCGAAAUGCUGUGGACUAUCCCUCAUAGACCUACUGUAUAUAGACUACCUACUGUAUAUAGACUACCUACUGUAUAUAGACUACCAUCACAGACCUACUGUAUAUAGACUACCUACUGUAUAUAGACUACCUACUGUAUAUAGACUACCAUCACAGACCUACUGUAUAUAGACUACCAUCACAGACCUACUGUAUAUAGACUACCAUCACAGACCUACUGUAUAUAGACUACCUACUGUAUAUAGACUACCUACUGUAUAUAGACUACCUACUGUAUAUAGACUACCAUCACAGACCUACUGUAUAUAGACUACCUACUGUAUAUAGACUACCUACUGUAUAUAGACUACCUACUGUAUAUAGACUACCAUCACAGACCUACUGUAUAUAUACUACCUACUGUAUAUAGACUACCUACUGUAUAGACUACCUACUAUAUUGGACUACCAUCACAGACCUACUGUAUAUAGACUACCUACUGUAUAUAGACUACCUACUGUAUAUAGACUGCUACUGUAUAUAGACUACCAUCACAGACCUACUGUAUAUAGACUACCUACUGUAUAUAGACUACCUACUGUAUAUAGACUACCAUCACAGACCUACUGUAUAUAGACUACCUACUGUAAUAGACUACCUACUGUAUAUAGACUACCAUCACAGACCUACUGUAUAUAGACUACCAUCACAGACCUACUGUAUAUAGACUACCUACUGUAUAUAGACUACCCUCACAGACCUACUGUAUAUAGACUACCCUAAAAUACCUACUGUAUAUAGACUACCAUCACAGACCUACUGUAUAUAGACUACCUACUGUAUAUAGACUACCCUCACAUAUCUACUGUAUAUAGACUACCCUAAAAUACCUACUGUAUAUAGACUACCCUCACAUAUCUACUGUAUAUAGACUACCCUAAAAUACCUACUGUAUAUAGACUACCUACUGUAUAUAGACUACCUACUGUAUAUAGACUUCCAUCACAACCUACUGUAUAUAGACUACCUACUGUAAAUAGACUACCUUCUGUAUAUAGACUAUCUACUGUAUAUAGACUACCCUCACAGACCUACUGUAUAUAGACUACCUACUGUAUAUAGACUACCUACUGUAUAUAGACUACCUACUGUAUAUAGACUACCAUCACAGACCUACUGUAUAUAGACUACCUACUGUAUAUAGACUACCUACUAUAUAUAGACUUCCAUCACAGACCUACUGUAUAUAGACUACCUACUGUAAAUAGACUACCUUCUGUAUAUAGACUACCUACUGUAUAUAGACUACCCUCACAUAUCUACUGUAUAUAGACUACCAUCACAGACCUACUGUAUAUAGACUACCUACUGUAUAUAGACUACCUACUGUAUAUAGACUACCCUCACAUAUCUACAGUAUAUAGACUACCAUCACAGACCUACUGUAUAUAGACUACCUACUGUAUAUAUACUACCAUCACAGACCUACUGUAUAUAGACUACCUACUGUAUAUAGACAACCUACUGUAUAUAGACUACCAUCACAGACCUACUGUAUAUAGACUACCAUCACAGACCUACUGUAUACCACAAAGUCCCCAUAGACUACAGUACAAACAAGGGUUACACUCCUGUGAAAAGUGUGAUCGAUAUAUACAAAUACAAAUAUCUAAACAUGCCCACACUGCAAUUAUUUUAUUUAUUGCUUCUCCUGAGUGGUGCAGUGGUCUAAGGCACUGCAUCGCAGUACUAGCUGUGCCACUAGAGAUCCUGGUUCGAAUCCAGGCUCUGUCAUAGCCGGCCGCGAUUGGGAGACCCAUGGGGCGGCGCACAAUUGGCCCAGCGUCAUCCAGGGUAGGGGAGGGAAUGGCCGGCAGGGAUGUAGCUCAGUUGGUAGAGCAUGGCGUUUGCAACGCCAGGGUUGUAUACCCUGUUGAUGAAGAUGAUGAUGAGGAGGAUCCUGUGUGUGUGUCUGUAGCGGGGCCGGCUGAUGGAAGGCUAGUCCCUGGCGACCAGGUCGUAAAGAUCAACAAUGUUGCCGUCGACGACCUGACCCCAGAGCAAGCGGCUGACCUCAUCAGGUACAAUAACACACACACACGCACUUACUCACAGGCAUGCAUGCAUACACACACACACAAACACACAAGCACAUACAUUCACACACACUACACACACACAGGACACUAGCAUUUAUUCCUCAUAUUGACCAUCUCUCUCUCUCCAUCUCUCUCUCUCUCUAGGGAGUGUCAGUGCUCUGUGAUGAUAACAGUCCUCAGAAACUCAGUGGUGAGUCUCUUAUAUUUUCCAUGUUUUAUUCUUCCUUCAGUUACCAGUUGCUCUCUUCACCGACAGAGAAACCACACACUCACAGGUGGAUGGAUGAAAUGCUGUCAACAAAACCAUAUUUCAAAUUCAUUGAGGGCUGGGGGGAGGAGUGCUUAUAUACACACACACACACACACACACACACACACAAACACGCGCCAAGGCCACACUACUAGGUCAAAAUAAAGGUGUGACAACACUCUGCUGCCUGUGGGGAACCAUGAUGGAGCACUUGUGUGUGUGUGUGUGUGUGUGUCUGCUUGCGUGUGGAUGAAUGGGCGACUGCAGAUAAUGCACCAGCCUCAUUCCCUCUGAACCAACAUGCUGCGAACACUGACUCUUUUCAACAUCACACACACACACACACACACACACACACACACACACACACACACACACAGACACACACACACACACACACACACACACACACACACACACACACAGCUAUACGCAUUAGGAACACUCCCUGGAUGUGUUGCUGUGAUUGGCUGUCAGUUACAGUGCAGACACCACUCCCGGAUGACGCUGUUCUCAUCUGCAGAGGGACUUCAUUACCACAACAGCAACAAUAUUAGUGUUUUAGUUUUCAGUGUUACAUCAAAGUGAUAUUUACGUUUGUCUGUGUAAUAAAUGUCCCGGUCCGUUACUGCCUGUUGGGUUGACCAGUCAGUCUGGACCUCUGAGAUUAGUGUCUCUGAGGUUCUGCUGUAUAUCCACUGUCUGUUGGGUUGACCAGUCAGAUUAGUGUCUCUGAGGUUCUGUUGUAUAUUGUCUGUUGGGUUGACCAGUCAGAUUAGUGUCUCUGAGGUUGUGUUGUAUAUUCACUGCCUUUUUAGUUUUCAGAUCUAGGUAUUCUGACACUUUAUUUAGACAGGUACAUAAACAGAUGGGGAUACAGGAAGGAGGCAGACAUAGCAGGAAGGAGACAGGGAUUGAACCCAGGUCUCCAGUGGGGAGAGGAGUGUGUAUGUGUCUAUGCUAGGAGCAGUCUUUAGCCCCUUGCCUUUUGGAAACUCUGUCUAAUUCCUCCUCAUAUGGUUUCCCAGGGACCCAAGUCUUCCUUCAUCACCCCAGAGAAGCGAGCUAAACUCCGGUCCAACCCAGUCAAAGUUCGCUUUGCUGAGGAGGUCGAGGUCAACGGUCACUCUCAGGUACGUCAGACUUUAUGACACCCUUAUGUCACUGCGUAACGUGUUAUAAGCCCUGUAUGAAGCUGUUGUGUCAUAUCUAUCCAGGAUUUAUGUAUGGUCUACUCUAUGCAGUGACUUCUAAAGCACCAAAUGGACAUUUUUGUAAAUGCUUUAUGGAGCUGACAUGACUGCUGUAUGUAGCUAGUCACAAGUGGUUAAGCUCUCAUCCAUGUAACAACCCUAUAUUCCUCCCUAUCCUCACUGCUUGGCUUGGAAACCCAAUUCACUAUGGUUUAGAUAUCCUGUCCCUUUCCUAUUGUCACGUCCUGACUCAGGGGACCCUUAAAUGUUGAGUCAGGGUGUGUAUAUUCUUUGUUGUGUGUUUUCUAUGUUUCGAUCUAUUAUGGGUAGAUCUAUGUUGGCUGGUGUGGUUCCCAAUCAGAGGCAGCUGUCGCUCGUUGUCUCUGAUUGGGGAUCAUACUUAGGCAGCUUAUUGGCACUAGUGGGUUGUGGGAUCUUGUUCCGUAUAAGGUAUGUUGUGUGUAUGCUACCUUGGACUUCACGUUUCGUUUCAUUUGUUGUUUUGUCGUGGUGUUUAUCAGUAAAUAAACAUGUACGUAUAUCACGCUGCGCCUUGGUCUGUCCCGUCAUUGAACGAACGUGACACCUAUGAAUACAGAGAGGAGGAAUAAGCUCCCUGGAGGACUGGAGGGGGGGUGGGGGGGGGGACCACAAGCUACAGAGGCUGCAUCUCAAAUGGAACCCUAUUCCCUAUAUAGUGCACUACGUUUGACCGGAGCCCUAUGGGGUAGUGCACUAUAUAGUGAAUAGGGUGCCAUUUGGGACGUAGCCAGAGACGGAGUGGUCAUAUCGAUGGCUGGAUGAUUCCCUGAUUACACCAGAAUACACUGAGUGUACAAAACAUUAGGAACAUGACAGACAGACCAUGUGAAUCCAGGUGAAAGCUAUGAUCCCUUGUUGAUGUCACCUGUUAAAUCCACUUUAAUCAAAUCAAAUCAAAUCAAAUUGUAUUGGCCACAUGUGCCGAAUACAACAGGUGCAGACAUUACAGUGAAAUGCUUACUUACAGCCCUUAACCAACAGUGCAUUUAUUUUUAUUAGUGUGCUUAAAGUGUUGAGAAAAAAAGAGCAGAAGUAAAAUAAAAUAACAGUAGGGAGGCUAUAUAUACAGGGGGGUACCGGUGCAGAGUCAAUGUGCGGGGGCACCGGCUAGUUGAGGUAGUUGAAGUAAUAUGUACAUGUGGGUAGAGUUAAAGUGACUAUGCAUAAAUAAUUAACAGAGUAGCAGCAUCAUAAAAGAGGGGGUUGGGGUGGGCAUUGCAAAUAGUCCGGGUAGCCAUGAUUAGCUGUUCAGGAUUCUUUUGGCUUGGGGGUAGAAGCUGUUGAGAAGUAUUUUGGACCUAGACUUGGCACUCCGGUACCGCUUGCCGUGCGGUAGCAGAGAGAACAGUCUAUGACUAGGGUGGCUGGAGUCUUUGACAAUUUUGAGGGCCUUCCUCUGACACCGCCUGGUAUAGAGGUCCUGGAUGGCAGGAAGCUUGGCCCCAGUGAUGUACUGGGCCGUACGCACUACCCUCUGUAGUGCCUUGCGGUCGGAGGCCAAGAAGUUGCCAUACCAGGCGGUGAUGCAACCAGUCUCCUGAGGGGGAAUAGGCUUUGUCGUGCCCUCUUCACGACUGUCUUGGUGUGUUUGGACCAUGAUAGUUCGUUGGUGAUGUGGACACCAAGGAACUUGAAGCUCUCAACCUGUUCCACUACAGCCCAGUGUAGCUGAAGGGGAGGAGGCAGGUUAAAUAAUUGUUUUUAAGCCUUGAGACAAUUGAGACAUGGAUUGUGUAUGUGUUCCAUUCAGAGGGUGAAUGGGCAAGACAAAAUAUUUAAGUGUCUUUGAACGGGGUAUGGUAGUAGGUGCCAGGAGCACCAGUUUGAGUGGGUCAAGAUCUGCAACGCUGCUGGGUUUUUCACGCUCAACAGUUUCCCGUGUGUAUCAAGAAUGGUUCACCACCCAAAGGACAUCCAGCCAACUUGACAAAACUGUGGGAAGCAUCGGAGUCAACAUGGGCCAGCAAUCCCUGUGGAACGCUUUCGACACCUUGUAGAGUCCAUGCCCCGUGCAACUCAAUAUUAGGAAGGUGUUCUUCAUGUUUUGUAUACUCAGUGUAAACACACUAUUAACGAUUAGAGGGGAGCGGAGAGAGAGAGGUGGAGGGAGAAUGAAAGAGAGAUGGGGGGGUGGAGCGAGAGAGAGAGAGAACAACAGGAAGAGAUGGAGUGGUUGGAUCAAUGCCAGUCUGAUUCCCUUCAGAACAGCUGUGAUUACAGGAGAAUAAAGUAUUGAAAGGAGGAGGAGGAGGAGAGAGAGGGGUGGAGGGAGAAUGAAAGAGAGAUGAGAGAAGGGGGGGGGGGGGUGGAGUGAGAGAGAGAGAGAGAACAGGAAGAGAUGGAGUGGUUGGAUCAAUGCCAGUCUGAUUCCCUUCAGAACAGCUGUGAUUACAGGAGAAUAAAGUAUUGAAAGGGGGAGGAGGAGGAGGAGGAGAGUGGAAGAGAGGGGGUGAGAGGAUGAAAAUGAAGAGGGAGAGACAUGAAAACACAGUAUGAGAGAGAGAGAGAGAGAGAGAGAGAGAGAGAGAGAACAGAGAUAGAGAACAGAGAUAGAGAACAGAGAGAGAGAAUAGAGAUAGAGAAAAGAGAUAGAGAACAGAGAUAGUGUGAGAGUGUUAAAGAGAGUGUGUGCGUUCCAAAUGGCACCAUAUUCCCUACAUAGUGCACUACUUUACCCUAUGUGUCCUGGUCAAAAGUAGUGCACUGGAAUAGGGUGCCAUUUGGGACGCAGACAGAGUGUUAAACGUUAGCUGGCCUGUCAUCACCACAAGCUCAGGUAGCUCAGCUUUCAUAACAGUUAUUCAUGUAAAGUAUUAAGCUAAUAAUAACACAUCCUUAUUUCCUGAUUCAUCUGGUUUCCAGGGCAACUCGCUGCUCUUCCUCCCCAACGUUCUAAAGGUGUAUCUGGAGAACGGACAGACCAAGGCCUUCAAGUUUGAACCCAACACCACUGUCAAG